CCGGGAGGGGCCGCGGCACCGGAGGCACCGAGAGCACCGAGAGCACAGGGAGCGCCGGGGCGGGGAGAGCCCGGUCCCCUCCCCGCCGGGCCGGGCGGGAGGCGGGCUUGGCGAAGACGCCCCAGGCUGGUGCCAGGCCGGGCCCGUGGCCGCCUGGGCUGGGGCCAUGGCGGGGGGCGCGGGGCUGGCCAAGCGCCUGGGGACGCUCCUGUCAGGGCUGCUGGAGUGCGGCGCCUUCUGCGGCAUCAUCUUCGGCUGGGCCUCCCUCGUCUUCGUCCUCAAGGACCUGGGCUACUUCGAGGGGCUGUGCCAGCCCUCCACCACCCCCAGCCCCAACCUCACCCUGGGGUCUGACUGCAGUGGGCAGGAUGAGCAGUUCUCCCUGGUCUUCACCAUUGGCUCCUUCAUGAACAACUUCAUGACCUUCCCCAUGGGCGUCGUCUUCGACCGCUUCGGCACCACGGCUGCGCGCCUCAUUGCCAUCUCCCUCUACACUGGCGGGACCCUGCUCGUCGCCUUUUCCACCCCAGAGCUGGCGGUGCUGCUCUUCCCGGCCAUGUCCAUGCUGUCGGUGGGUGGCAUCCUCCUCAUCCUCACCAACAUGCAGGUGGGAAACCUGUUCGGGAACUACCGCUCCAUCAUCAUCACCCUCUACAACGGGGCCUUCGACUCCUCCUCUGCCAUCUUCCUCAUCGUCAAGCUGCUGUACGAGCACGGGCUGUCCCUGCGGGCCAUGUUCCUCUUCCUGGCAGCCUGCAGUGCCUGGCACCUCCUGCGCACCCUCUUCUUGAUGCCGCGCAGCCGCAUCCCCUACCCGCUGCCCCCCGACUACGAUUACGGGCUGCAGUGCCGGCGGCGUUCCCGCUCCUACCGAGCCCACAAGGACAAGCAAACCCCGGGAGAGGCCGGACCCGAGGAGACGCCCCUGGAACCCCCCGUAGCUCGAGGUGGGGACGCCCCCGGGACACCGUUCCGGGCCUGCGCCUGCUCGUGGCUCUUCGCCUGGCACGUGGCCUGGCUCUCGGUGAUGCAGCUGCGCCACUACCUCUUCAUCGGCACCCUCAACCCGCAGCUCGAGCACCUUGCACACGGAGACCACGCCCUGGUGAGCACGUACACCAACGCCUUCGCCUUCACCCAGCUCUGCGGGGUGCUCUGUGCCCCCUGGAACGGCCUCAUCCUCGACCGGCACAAGCGGGGGAAGGGCCCCCACCCCGAGGGGAUCCUGGCCGCGCUGGCAGACCUGCGGUCGGCGGUGCUGUCACUGGUGGUGACGGUGGCGCUGUGCCUGCUGUUCUCCGUGUUUGCCGCCGUGCCUGUCCUGCCCGCCCAGUUCGGCACCUUCGUGCUGCAGGUCAUCAGCCGCUCCUUCCUGUACGGCGGCAACGCCGCCUUCCUGGCCAUCGCGUUUCCUCCGCAGCACUUCGGGAAGCUCUAUGGGCUGGCCAUGGCACUGUCAGCGCUGGUAGCCCUGCUGCAGUAUCCCUGUGUUGCCCUGGUGCAGGGGCCGCUCCAGGGGGACCCCUUCUAUAUGAACUUGGGGCUCAUCACCGUGGUGCUGGUGGCCUUUGUCAGCCCCGUGGUGGUGGCCCGCGAGUGCCAGCGGCGAGCCAAGGAGCUGGGCAUGGCUGGCACCCCCCUGGCAGCCCCCCCCAGCACUGAGAUCAACGCUGAGACCCCACACUGAGCCCCACACCCAGAACACCAUUUUUGUACCAGCCUGGGGGUGCUGUGCCAGUGGGGUGGGGAUAAUAAACAUCGCUGCUCCCUCC